AUGGAAAUGGAAUUGGAUUCAAAGAAAACUUCAGAGAAUGGAGAAAUUAUUAAUGGACGAGCAAAACAAUUUGAAGUACCACCGGAAAUGCAACGUGAUAUUGGCAAAUUAAUGACAACAAUUAGUGAAUUAGAACGCAAAAAUUUAGAUUUAUCAUUGCAAUUAAAACAACAAAGCGAGUUUAAUUCAUCAGUACCAACAGAAAAAUCUCAAGCUGAAUUACGAAUAGAAAGGGAGCAUAAGAGAAUUAUUGAAAAUGAAUUGAUGGAGCUAAAACGUAUGAUGCUUCAAUCGGAUAAUCAAAAGUUAAUCUCUAUGGCUACAAAGGUUGAAUUGCUAAACAAUCAACUUCUACUGGUAAAUGAUCGUUGUUCAAAUCUUCAUCGAAGAAUUGUAAAAGAAGGUGGCAGUGAAACCGCAUAUGUGGAUUCGUUGAAGAAUAAAUGUGAAGAAUUAGAAAGGCAAUUAAGCGAACAGAAAGCAAAAAAUGCAAUUAAUUGUUCGCAAAUUGACAGCGCUACCACUGAUGAGAUUGAACAAUGUUGUGAAGUACUUGCAUCGGUGGAAGCACAAACAAAUCGAAUUUGUAAACAAAUCGAAAAAAUUGAUAGUGCUCAAAAGGAUGAACGGCGACGUUCGUUAUCGAAAGACAGCAGUGCAACAAUCAUUUCUGAAUUAGCAACUGUGAUGUCCGAACUAAAUAAUGUUCAUCAGUUAUUGGAAGCACAUAAAGUUAAUAUAGUUUCUCGAGGUUCUCCGGUAAAAAACAUAUCGAAUAUGAAUUUAGAAUCAAAAUCAUGCAGCAAAUGUAAAGAAAAUGAAACAUUCAUCGCAUCACAAAAGGAUGAAAUUGUAUUUUACAAAAAGAAAAAUAAGGAGCUCACCAAUCAGGUAUUACAAACGGAAGAUCGUUGGACUGCUGAAAUUGAAAAGCAAAGGCAAAGCUAUGAAAAUGAGGUUCGUAUUUUACAAACGAAAUUGAAUGAUGCGCAACGAGAUGUGAUCGAGCAGGAGCAUUUGUUGGAAUCACGAGCUGUUGCAUUGGCUGAGAAAGCUCGUAUGAUACAGGAACGAGAUGAGAAAUGUGAUAAAUUGAAGAAAGAAUUACUUGUUGUAAAAAAAGAAAUUCAGGAUAUUGAAGCAAAUCGUAAAUCUGCUAAAGAGUUUGAAAUUAAAUAUAAGAAAUUAGAAUCGAUGUUCAAUUUGGAAAAGGAAAAAUUGGCUGAGGAGAAGACAAAAUCGAAAUUAGAAGUGACAUUGUUGAAGAAGAAAUCUGACGAAGCACUAAUUAAUCUUGAAAAGUUAAGCAACAAUUUCGCUAAAAAGGAAAAGGAUUGGAAGGAGAAACGUGAUAAGCUCGAAGAUGAAUUAUCAUAUUUAAGGAAACAGCUUAACAAAGAUGCCAUCAAUGAUAUUACAGAUGGUAAAACGGUUGUUUCGAAUCUCAGUUCAUCUAUUCCCAUCAUGCAUCAUUCACCAGUACCAGCAACAGCACCAGUGAUAGCAAACCAUAAAAAUGAUGAUGUCGUCGAUUUGAAAGAUCAAAUCGCAACUCUGCAGAAGAAGAACAAAGAGCUGACGAAUCAAGUCUCAGAUGCAAAACGUGAUAAUGAAGAUUUACGCAUGGAACUUGCCUCGUUGCAGCAAAAAUGGACAAAGGAUAAGAAUGAUUUAUUACAUAAAGCUAGACAGGAAGAAAAGAUUCGCAACGUGGAACUCGAUGCGUUACAGCAAAAGUUUGCAAGCCGAAUGCGAAUAAUGGAAGAUACGAAUAAAUCGUUGCAUUCACAGGUGGUGCAAGCUCGACGUGAUCGUGAUUAUCAUCGUGAAGCAUUGCAUUCAUUUGAAAGUAAAGUAUCAGAGGAACAGCGCCGCGGUGAAAAAGACAUGAAACGGCAUAAAGAAUUUGAGCAGAAGAGCUCCGAUAUGAUCAAACAGAUAGAAGAUUUGGAAGAGGAAGUGAUCAAAUUGAAUGCUGAUUUAAAAUUGGCAAAAGAGACUCAUGAAGCUGAUCGUGCUUUGUGGAAUGUUGAAAAAUCUCGUAUGAAACCUAAGAAUACCACAACUUCGGCUGAUAAUAGCACAGAGAGUAAAACUGUAACAGAAAGUGCUUUGAAAAGUGCCGAAAUAGUUCAGAAGAAAUACGCCGAAUAUCAAAACUUUUAUACGAAAGAAGUAGAAAGGUUAAAUAGAAAAAUGAAAGAACUUGCGAAUGAAAAUCUUUCCAAACAGCAAGAAUCCGAAAAAACUGUCGAAAAUCUACGUGAACAGAUUAAAGUAUUGGAAAUUAGUCAACGAAAUUUAAUGGAAGCUCGUGAUAUGCAAUUGGGUGCAAAAGAAUUUUUAGAAAGUGAGCUUAGAAGAUUACAAGAAAUGUUGAAUGUUAACGAAGUUAAUCGGUUAACACGAAAAUACAAAUUCUCAUUAAUUAUUGAACAGCUAGAAAUACUAAUCAAAUCAUUAACUAAAUCAUCAAUUAUUGGAAAAGAUUCGUUGGAUAAUUUGGAAGCUUUUCUCUCUCAAUUGAAACAAAUGAAAGAGGAAGACUGUCAAUCAUUUACGAUUAGCAAUGGAAAAAAACAAAGGAAAAUUGAUGAACGAUUGAAAUCGGUUGGAAGUGAAUCCGAUACAACAACACAAGCACAGUGUAUUGAUGCAUCAUCAUCAACUCCAACUCGUUUCUAUUCUUACAGUACCCUUCCAACAUCAUCAUAUAAGCUAACGGCAACAGUGAAACAUCUGGGCGAAAGUAACUCUGCCGUUGAAAUUCGACAACUGGAAGCAAUGGCUAAUGGAACACAAACGCCAAUUAAGAAAAUUUCACCAUUCCCAGAUCCACCACCUAAUUUUAUCCUUAACAACAAGAUGGCGGUAGAAUAUGAUAAAAAUGGCCGACUUCAUUACAUUCCUAAAAUUUCACGUUCCGCAUCACGUGAUCGGUGUGAUGAAAACAAUUUUUCAUCCUGUGGUCUGGAUGACAGUGAAGAUUCAUCAACCGGACAAUUGCAUUUCAGAGCAAACAGUACCGGAACGAAUAUUUUAUAUGAUAUCCGUCGAGUUCAACUAGCUCACGGUAAUAAAUCAUCAGUACGUUUAAUGGCGAAAGCAUUUGAAUCAAUGGAAGCAAACGCAACAAAAACUCUUCCAAAUUCAAAGCGAUCAUUGUUUGGUAUACGCAAAUCCCGUUCUGUUGAAACUACUGAAAUAGGAAAAGGCAUUGGAAGUGCUACAAAGAAUAUAUUAACACCUUUAGCAUCAUCACCAGUGGCAGUAACUGUACUUGGUCGAAAUACAUCACUUAGUCAUAUCGAAGAACUAAUGGGUAGUCAAUCACCGUUUGGGAAUGUAUCUCGCGGAAGUCGAAAUCCAUUUAAAAUUAUGAAAACAAAAAUAGUUGAACGUGUACGACGAAGUUUGAGUAGAUCGAGCUCAAAAAGACACAAAGAUAAUUCGACGGAUAGUAGUCAAAGCAUUAAACGCGAAAGUGAAAGCACUGUGAUAGUUGAUCAAAAAAAUGAAAUGCUUGAAAAUUUCAGUGAAACAAAGGAUUGUCACACAUCAUCGUCGCCGGCUAAAAAAGCAACAAGCAAACCUCGGAUGAAAAAAAAAGUAAAGAAAACAGCAACACCAGUUAGUUAG